AUGGCAGCAGGAGGACAACAGAAGCCACUUGAAAAUGAAGCGACAGCCAGACGGACUGAGGCAACAAGCGAAGAUACCGAAGAUCCAAUGGCUCAGUAUUUGGCAAGUAAGAAAAAGAACUCUGAGAGAAGAGAUAAAACUCGAAGUGAUGAUCGGAAUCGUUUAAAGGAAAGUGAAAGUGAUAGAGAUGAUGAUAGGCAUAUGCAUAAACGCAGUUCUAGAGAUAGAGACUCAGAAAAGCGCAGCAAAAAUGAUAGAGGCAGUCGGGAUCUUGGUCUAUAUGAAGGACGUGAAAGAGACAUAAGGCUAGAAGCGGACGACAGAGAUAACCAGGAGAGAUAUGAACGACACGACCGUUCCCGUCACGAGCGACAUGAAAGGCUCGACAGGCAUGAAAGACACGACAGAGAAAACAGACACGACAGGCACGACAGACACGACAGACACGACAGACACGACAGACAUGACAACCAAGACAGAACCGACAAGACCGGAAAAUACGAAAAAAAUGAGAGAAACGAAAGACACGACAAGUAUAGCAGGCACGACAGGCACGACAGGCACGAUAGACAUAGCCAACAUGACCGGCACAGACAAGACGACGAACGACAUUCAAGUGACAGGCGUAAGAGAAAUGACGAAGGACAUGGCAGCGACAAACACCGUGACGACAAGUCCAAGUCCUAUCGUCAUUCUGAAAGGCGCGAAAGAGAAGAAAACGAUGAUCAUGAGAGCAGAAUUCAACAGCGAAGCAGUCAUGCUAAAGAAAGCGACCGUCAAAAUGACGGGCAAAACCAUUCUCGGAGAGAUGAACAUGAUAAUGAUAUUUCCCAGGCUCGGAGCUCGAAAAGACGACGGACUGAAGAUGACAUUGAUGCUACUCCACCACCGUCGUCAUGA